AUGGGUUUCAUGGGUGGCGAAAUAUCGAUUGUCAUGUCCGUUCUGGCCGCGGCUGACGUGACUGUUAACCUAAUAUCCAGUGUAUCAGAUAUCCAGAGAGCCACGCUUUAUUGGGAUGCUGCACAGAAGACAGUGAUUCUGAAAGAAGGCGUGAUUGACGAACAUGGGGAUUGUUACGGUUACUAUAACGACAGCCUCUCUACCACGGGCUGGGGUGUGCUGGAAAUACGAGCUGGGUAUGGAGUGUCCCAGCGGAGUGACGAAAUCAGCUACUUUCUGGCCGGAUACCUUGAAGGUUAUCUCACAGCCCCGCAGAUGAUCAGCCACCACUCAAACAUAUAUCCUCAGCUGAUAAGGGCUCACAACAUUACAAAUGCUCUGACAGAUUUCAUAAGUGAGCAGGACUCUUGGACAAGGGAACAAGUGGCGCUGAACCAGAGGACUGAUCCUCUAUGGCAGCAUGCUGGACUCAUUGUGGCUCAAAUGGAUGGAUUAUAUGCUGGAGCCGCCCAUUGGGCUAAGAGCAAAAAGAGAGAGCCUCUGUCAGUGUUUGCGGUUCAGUUCCUUAACGCAGUUGGAGACCUGUUGGAUCUGAUUCCCACCCUUACGCAUCAUCGGAACUCUACUUCCAAAUCAUUUCAGAUGCCAGGCAUGGGUCACUGCUCUGCUCUCAUCAAGAUGUUACCGGGCUACGAGAAUAUGUUUUUUGCCCACUCCAGUUGGUACACCUAUGCUGCCACCAUGCGAAUCUACAAACACUGGGACUUCAGAGUGACCAACAGUCAUACUGCCUCGGGCAAGAUGUCCUUCAGCAGCUACCCUGGUCUCCUGACUUCUUUAGAUGACUUUUACCUGCUGAGUAGUGGACUUCUAAUGACCCAGACCUCUAACAAUGUUUUCAACUCAUCCCUGUUCUCCCUGGUGACGCCAAACGUCCUUUUUGCCUGGCAGAGGGUGCGUCUGGCAAACGCUUUAGCCUACACAGGGAAACAGUGGGCCCAGAUUUUCUCUAAGCAUAACUCAGGAACCUACAAUAACCAGUACAUGAUCUUAGACCUGAGCAGAGUGUCCUUGAGUAAGAAGAUUGAGGAUGGAGCUCUUACUGUAGUAGAGCAGAUUCCAGGGCUGGUAGUAUACUCUGACCAAUCACAAGCACUCCGUCAUGGCUAUUGGGCAUCCUAUAACAUUCCCUUCCACUCAGACAUUUACAAACUGAGUGGCUAUGACGUGAUGAUGGAGAAGCACGGGGAAGCUUUCUCCUAUGACCUCUGCCCACGUGCUAAGAUCUUCCGCAGGGACCAAGCCAAAGUCGUUGACCUCACCUCCCUGAAGAAGAUCAUGAGAUACAACAACUACAGGAAAGACCCUUAUGCCAAAGGACACCCGUGUAAGACCAUCUGCUGCCGGAAUGACUUACGGCCCAAACAUCCCCGCCCAGGAGGCUGUUACGACACCAAGGUGACAGACUACUACAUGGCUCAAGAAUUUCUGGCCGAAGCUGUGAACGGGCCGACGACCCAGGGCGGUCUCCCUCCGUUCUCCUGGAGUCGUUUUAACCAGACUGCACACCAGGGUUUACCUCAGAGUUACAACUUUACCUUUAUCAGGAUGCAGCCCUCUCUCUAUGGGCCCUAA